AUGGCAGAUUCUGAGGUGGAAAGUUCUGUUCCACAGGACUCGAUUUCGGUCGGCGACAAUCAGUCAACAUUCACCGGCUCGACGGUGACGGGUUUCACAUCCACAGCUGCAAGGAGAAAGAUUAUUAAUGUGGAGACCUCGACCCUAUUUCAGCUUCGGUCUGAAGUCGCUCAAAAAGCGGGAGAAGUGACAGAGAUAAAAAACAAAAUCGGCGUUUUUAAAGCUCCUGUUGUUAGUCGGAAGCUGCUGCCAGAAGAACUGAAAGCGAAGCGAAAAGCGAGAAAAGAGGAAAAGCGAAAUGCUGGAAUUGAUGCUAGAAAUGAGCGUGAUAUGGCUCAGCGUCUUAAAGAUCGCGAAACAGCGGAUAAAGUCAGAAGAAAACUUGAGGCCAAAUCUCGAAUCUACGAUGCCGUAAAUUAUGGAGAGGAGCUUGAUGAUUACAUGAGAGAAAACUGUCUGGUCGACUUUGAUGGAAAAGAAGUCGAAAGCAGGUCGAGGGAUCGAGACUAUCGAAGGGGUGAUCCGCGUGAUCUAGAUCGAGAUAGACGACCGCGAGAAAGACACUACAGCCAUCAGAGCGAGACAUCUGACCUAAUCGAACAUACUGACGCUCUUGGCCGGACAAAGUACAUCUCACGGGAACAGCUCCGGGAGGAGCGCGAGUACGAUCGUGAGAUUACCGAUAUGCGGCGAGGACAUGACUACGACGAGCGCUCAAGUCGAUAUUCUGAUGGAUCCCGCUCUCCAUCGCCUGAAUCGAAGCAAGCAAGAUUCCAAAAUAUCGACGAUGGAGAUAUUCGAGAUCUUGGUGUUGGUUACUACAAUUUCUCGGCGGACGAAUCGACCAGAAGACAACAGAUGAGCAUUCUUGACACUCUACGAGCCUCGACCGAAGAUUCCAGGCAGAAUAAACAGAUCAAAGAAACAGAAAAGGCCGAGAAAAAACGGAAAAUGCUCGAGCGAAAAAGAGCCAAGCUCGCGAAGAAAUUCAAAGUUGACGCUGAAUCGAUCGCGAUUCCAGAGACAAAUGUGGUUGUCGAUCUUCCCGCUCCCAAGCCGAUGAACAUGACGGAGAUGAAUAUCGAUAGAAAUAUCGCAAAAGCAAAGAAGGCGGAAAGAGACUGGGACAAGGAAAAGGAUUUGGACGAAAUUUAUGGAAAGGACGAAGGCCACCGUCGCCCUGUUGCGCUUGAAACUGAUUAUUAUCAGAGAAUGAGAGACGAAAGAAGGGACGAGUUUGCUCCUUCAUACGAUAACCAGCCGACAAAAAAUCAUUAUACGAGCACAUAUCUUUCCCAGCAGCAGCAACAAACCUAUUCAAAUCAGUACGGCGGCAGCGGCUACGGAGAAGGCAGCUCUCAACAAAAUCAAGGGCCUUGGGGUUAUUAG